AUGGGCCAAUAUGACCAUUUCUACAGUGGAGUAUCUAAAGACCGAAGAGCACAACUAGGAGUAUCUGUACUUAUAAAAAGAAACCUUAGAAAACAUGUGCAUUCAUGGGAAGCUAUCAGUGAACGAAUCAUUAAGAUAAAUAUGACGGUACGUGAAAAUAGAAUAACUAUCUUUGGGGUAUAUUGUAUAGACGAUGACUCUUUAGUAAAUGUUAAAGACAAGUUUUUCGAAGAUCUGAAUAACGAAAUAACAAAAGUGGGAAAAAUUAGAGAAAUCAUUAUACUAGGAGACUUGAACUGCAGAGUUGGCAAAAGUACAGAUAGCCAAGUUGUAGGACCCUAUGGAGAAGAUACAAAAAAUGACAACGGAAAUCGACUAAUAGCCUUAUGCGUACAGAAUGACUUUAAAAUAAUGAAUGGAUUCUACCAACAUCGAGAUAUACACAAAUACACAUGGAUACAAAAUACAAGGGGAUUAAGAUCUAUAAUUGACUAUAAUAUCAUUAAAAAAACUCCAAACUAA